AUGAUGAAUUUUGGAAAUGAAGAUUUAAUAAUAAAAUCUGGUUGGUUGACAAAACUUGGCGGUAAUGCUAUCAGAAAAACCUGGAAACGUAGAUGGUUUGUACUUAAAGGAAAUAAUUUAUAUUAUUACAGAGAUCAGAAUGUUAAAGAAGCAUCUGGUGUAAUAAAUUUAUCAUUAUAUAACUCAAUAUCUCAAGAUACUACUAUAACAAAAAAAUCCCAAUAUUGUAUUAGAAUUGAAAAGGUUAUAAAAGAAACUGAUUCAAUUCAUUCUAAUCUAAAAUGGAUGACUUUAUUGGAAAAACGUUUAGGUGAUAGAAAUAUUGUUGAUAUUGUUUUGGACAGAUUGGAUUUGGCAAAUAUUGGUAUGCAUAAAAGACAAGGCAGUUAUAGUUCUUUGAGAUCUUUCUAUUCAAAGAAUUCUAGUUUUUGUUCUUCUGGUGGUUCGACCACUACAAAUUCAAAUCUAUCUUCAAGACGUCCUUCUUUGGAUUCUUUAAGUUUGGACACUCCUCCUUUGGAUUCGAGAAAAAGUUCAAUGGAUUCAUUUCGCGGCAAUCAAAAUACCAUCUCUCACAAUACAAUAGUAAACAAUAAUAAUAGCGAUAGUUUUCCUUAUCAAUCCAUCUCUAGACCCGAAACUCCUUCAAAUUUAGUUGCUUUAUUUGGUAUAGGUCAACCUAUAUUACGUAAACCUGCAUCGCACGGUUGUCUUCAAGAUAAACAUAUCAUAAAUAGUAUAAAUAAUAGCAGUGCAAAUAACAACGUUGUUUAUUUCCUUGGAAAUGAUGACAACAAUAAUGUAGAUUUAAAUGAUGACGAAGAUUCUCUUAUUACUCCACUAGCAAACGUAUUUCCUAGUCACCUAACAGAUAAAUUUAAUUAA